GCAGGGGUACAAGGGGUCGAAAAGAAGUUAGAUGCUGCCACGUAGCUGGACAGCGACCGUCCCUGUUUAAAGCUGAUCUGUCCUUAAUAUUCUGGAGAUGUCACAAUCAAGCGCCGCACCAUGUGGCUCUAUGUUCAUUGAUGAAUCUCAAGCUUAGACAGAUAUAAACUAGUGUGUUGGACAAGAUGCAUCCCUCAGCUUGUGGACUUUUAAUACAUUUCAGGUAACAAAGUCCAAUUAGUAGUCCUCCUCUUCUACAGCAUAUCGUUUUUACAAGUCUCAACAUGCAUGCAGACAAGAAGUAUUCCAACCAUGGCUACCGGUGGAUUGGACCAAGACAAAGGGGAGCAUCUGGAACUUCAUCGCCUACUCAAACUCAUCCUCAUCCCGGCCCUGCAGGCAGCAGCUCAGAUAAUCUCUGCAACCAACCAUGGCUACCCCCUUCCUACCCACCCUGCUCCUAUCCUUGCUUGUUCUACUUCUACCAGCCGUGGAUGCUGGUGGCGCGGCACCUCCCGGCGGCGACGUCCUGGCGCUGAAAUCCUCCCUCGCCGUCGAGGAUCACGAGACCAGCUUCCUGCGGUCACCCGACGGUACGUUCUCCUGCGGCUUCCAUAGCAUCUACAGCGGCGCCUUCACCUUCUCCAUCUGGUACUCCGACUCACCCGGCGAAACCGUCGUCUGGAGUGCCAACCGCGGCCGCCCCGUGCUCUCCAGGAGGUCAGCCGUCACCCUGCGCAAGGACGGCAACAUGGUCCUCACCGACCACGACGGCACCGUCGUGUGGCAAACUGAGGGCAACCUCCCGAAUGUCCAGUAUGCACAGCUUCUUGACACCGGAAACCUCGUGCUGAAUAACACAAGCGGCACCAUUGUUUGGCAGAGCUUCGAUUCGCCGACAGACACCUUCCUACCCACCCAGCGAAUCCCUGCCACGGCAAAGUUAGUCUCUACCAGCCGGCUGCAUGUUCCUGGUCACUACACCUUCCGUUUUAGUGACCAAUCCAUGCUGUCUCUCUUCUACGAUGACACCAAUGUUUCUGACAUAUACUGGCCUGAUCCUGAUUACCAGUACUAUGAGAAUAACAGGAACCUCUAUAACAGUACUAGGAUGGGGAGCCUUGAUGAUUAUGGGGAGUUUUUUGCCAGUGAUUUCGCGUGGCACCGGCCUCUUGUUGCCUCUGAUAGAGGCUAUGGGAUUAAGAGAAGACUUACCCUUGAUUCUGAUGGUAAUCUUAGGAUAUACAGCUUGAGCAAUGAAUCAGAUUCAAACAGGAGAUGGACAGUUUCAUGGGUGGCUGUCUCUCAGCCAUGCAUGAUACAUGGCAUGUGUGGUCCAUAUGGGAUCUGCCACUACUGCCCUGCACCAACAUGUUCUUGCCCACCUGGUUAUGCAAUGAGGAAUCCUGGCAACUGGACACAGGGAUGCGAGCUUACCGUAGAUACCAUCGGAUGUGGGGACAGUGAACGGAAUGCGACAUUUUUGCAGCUUCCAAACACUGAUUUUUGGGGAUCUGAUCAGCAGCGCAUCAACGAAGUGUCCUUGGAGGAUUGUUGGAACGUAUGCUUGAGUGAUUGCACGUGCAAGGGUUUUCAGUACCAACAAGGAAAUGGCACAUGCUAUCCAAAGAAUCUUCUUUUCAAUGGAAGGAGUUUCCCAACACCUACUGUGCGAACGAUGUACAUCAAGCUCCCCACAAGUUUCAAUGUUUCAAAUACCCCAAUUCCACAGUCCAAUGUGCUCAACACUAAAAUACAUCGUCUUGAAUGUGAUCAUGUGAGCAAAACAAUCAUAGAAUCAGUGCCAGACAUGGUUCGUGAAGAUGGCAGUGAUGAUCCAAAAUGGCUCUAUCUAUAUGGGUUCAUUGCUGCAUUUUUUGUCAUUGAGGCUUUCUUCUUCGCGUUUGCAUGGUUCUUCGUUCUACGGAGAGAGUUUAGGUCAUCGCAAUUAUGGGCGGCUGAGGAAGGCUACAAGGUGAUGACUAGUCAUUUCCGGAUGUAUAGUUACAGAGAGCUGGCCAAGGCGACUGAAAAGUUCAAACAUGAGCUUGGAUGGGGAGGUUCAGGUAUUGUCUACAAGGGAACCUUGGAUGAUGAGCGAGAGGCGGUCAUAAAAAGGCUGGAAAAUGUAACACGGAACAGGGCAGAGUUCCAGGAUGAGUUGCAUGUCAUUGCAAGGAUUAACCAUAUGAAUCUGGCAAGAAUAUGGGGGGUUUGCUCAGAGAGAUCCCAUAGAAUGCUGGUCUUGGAGUAUUUUGAGAACGGCUCAUUAGCUAACAUACUAUUCAGCAACAAAAUCUUGCUGCAGUGGGGUCAGAGGUUCAACAUUGCUUUAGGUGUUGCAAAGGGGCUGGCCUAUCUUCACCAUGAGUGCCUAGAGUGGGUCAUCCACUGCAACCUGAAGCCGGAGAACAUUCUGCUGGAUCAGGAUCUAGAGCCUAAGAUCACCGACUUUGGGUUCGCAAAGCUGCUCAGCAGAACGGGGCCUAAUCAGAAUCUGUCUCGGGCGCGAGGAACCUUGGGCUACAUGGCUCCGGAGUGGGUCACAGGUUUACCGAUAACAGCGAAGGUUGAUGUGUACAGCUACGGAAUCGUGCUUCUUGAACUAGUGUCAGGAACAAGAAUUCUCGACUUUGUUGUUAAUUUGGAGGAGGAUGUCCAUGUGGUGCUCAAGAAGUUCAUUAAGAUGCUUUCUUACAGGUUGGAAGGGGAUGAACUGUUGUGGUUAACGGAGUUUGUAGAUGUCAGACUGGACGGCGAUUUCAACUACCUGCAAGCGAAAGAGUUGAUCAGGAUAGCCGUUUCAUGCCUGGAGGAGGACAGAAAGAACAGGCCAACAAUGGAAUCAAUAGUUGAGAGCCUCCUUUCAGUUGAAGAAGCUUCAGUUUGAACCUGAACAUAGUUGUAUCCUUGUGCAUAGGUAUUCCAUAUUAUGUAGUAAUUGAGUAAUGAUAGUAAUACAUGUACUAGUUGUUCAUGUAAUAUAUUCAGUCUUUUUGUUUC